AUGGCCGCUGCGGACGUCAUCAAUCAAGCAGCCCUUGCCCGUCAUGUGGACACCGCGCCGCACACGACGGUCGACAGACCAUCUGGGCAGCAUAACGUGCAGGCGGUCAUGAACUACUACAAAGAUCCCGAGGAUGGGACCCCGCCAGCUCCUAUUUACGUAGGGUACGACAAGUACACGCUCGACGGGCAUGGAUUUCAGAUUGUUCGGCACGAGAGCAAGGAGAAAGACUUCCUUGACGAGGAGCAGAUCAAGAGCAUCUAUUACCCAGAGACGGAGCAGUUGCUCAAGAACGUCACCGGGGCGACGCGCGUCUUCAUCUUCGAUCAUACCAUCCGUCGCGAGAAGCAACCCGGCGUCUCGGACGCUGCUUUCCGCGGUCCGGUCCGGAAUGUGCAUAUCGACCAGUCGUACAAGGCCUCGGUUGAGAGAGUGCGGUACCACCUGGCCGAGGAGGCCGAGCAGCUGUUGCAGAAACGGUUCCAGAUCAUCAAUGUGCGUGACCCCCCGACCACCCACAGCACGAGGGCGCUCUCUGUGUGGCGCCCCAUCAAGACGAUCUUGAAGGAUCCGCUCGCGAUCGCCGAUGCGCACUCAGUGCCGGAUUCCGAUCUCGUCGGAGCGGCUCUUAUCUACCCACACCGCGAUGGCGAGACAUAUGCGGUCAAGCCAAACCCGAGGCACCGCUGGUACUUCAAGUAUACGCAGCGGCCCGAUGAGGUGACCCUGAUCAAGUGCUAUGACUCGGCUACUGAGCCGGGAAUCGCCCGUCGCGUCCCUCACUCUUCCUUCAUCGACCCGGCCGAGGAGGAUAAGCCGCAGCGUGAGAGCAUCGAAGUGAGAACCCUCGUCUUCUACGACAACUGA